AUGAGCCCGACCCAGGACACCCUCUUCCGGUCGGCGGACAUGAGCUUGACCCAGCUCUAUAUCGCGAAUGAAAUCGGCCGUGAAGUCGUCAGCGCUCUGGGUGAGCUUGGGCAGGUUCAGUUCAGAGAUCUGAACGAAGAGACCACCGCAUUCCAAAAGACCUUUACCAACGAGAUUCGACGAUUGGACAAUGUGGAAAGACAGCUUCGAUACUUCCAGGCGCAGAUGGAGAAGGCCGACAUCGAAAUGCGUCCAUCUGAAGAGUUCUCUAACAAUCUAGCUGCUCCCAUGGCCUCCGAGAUUGAUGAGCUUGCUGAGCGAAGCGAGAGCCUUGAACAGCGUGUUUCAUCGCUGAAUGAGAGUUAUGAAGCUUUGAAGAGGCGUGAGGUUGAGCUCAUUGAGCGACGUUGGGUGCUCAGAGAAGCAGGCGGAUUCUUCGAUCGGGCACAUGGACAAACCGACGAAAUUAGACAGUCCUUCGAUAACGAUGAAGCUCCCCUCUUGAGAGAUAUUGAACAGCAGCCACCAAGAGGCCAGAAUGGUGAUGCUCACCAGUCGUCGUUCUCUGUCAUGGAUAUUGGUUUUGUUGCUGGUGUUAUCCCUCGGGAUCGUAUUGGAGCCUUUGAGAGGAUCCUCUGGCGUACUCUCCGUGGCAAUCUCUACAUGAACCAAUCUGAAAUCCCAGAUCCCAUCGUCGACCCAGCCACCAACGAGGAAAUCCAUAAAAACGUCUUCGUUAUCUUCGCUCACGGAAAGGAAAUUAUCGCUAAGAUUAGAAAGAUUUCAGAAUCCCUAGGCGCCAACUUGCAUGCCGUGGAUGAAAACAGUGAACUUCGAAGGGAUCAGAUCCAUGAUGUCAACACUCGCUUGACGGACGUUGGCAACGUUCUACGCAACACCAAGAAUGCACUCGAUGCUGAGUUGACACAAAUCGCUCGCUCUCUUGCUGCUUGGAUGAUUAUCGUUAAGAAGGAGAAGGCGGUGUACCACGCACUCAACAAGUUCUCCUACGAUCAAGCCCGCAAGACAUUGAUUGCGGAAGCAUGGUGCCCGACAAACUCGCUUGGCCUCAUCAAGUCAACUCUCCAGGACGUCAACGACCGUGCUGGCCUCUCGGUUCCUACCAUUGUCAACCAGAUCCGUACUAACAAGACGCCACCCACUUACAUGAAGACCAACAAGUUUACUCAGUCGUUCCAGCUUAUCGUCGAUGCAUACGGUACCUCCAAGUAUCAAGAAGUCAACCCUGGUCUCCCUACUAUCGUCACUUUCCCAUUCUUCUUCGCCGUUAUGUUUGGUGACUUCGGCCAUGCCAUGCUUAUGACGAUGCUCGCUAUCACCCUAAUUUUGUUCGAGAGAAAGCUCGGAAAGACCAAACUUGAUGAGCUGAGUUCCAUGGCAUUCUCUGGCAGAUAUAUCAUGUUAAUGAUGGGAAUCUUUGCUAUGUACACUGGAUUGAUUUACAACGAUAUAUUUUCCAAGUCAAUGGACCUCUUCCAGAGUGCCUGGUCUUGGCCAGAGGACUUUACCGAAAAUGAAACUGUUUUUGCUGAGCUCAAAGGCUCUUACAGAUAUCCAUUUGGCUUGGAUUGGGGAUGGCACGGUGCAGACAACAACCUGCUCUUCACCAACAGUUACAAGAUGAAACUGAGUAUCAUUCUCGGUUGGUCACAUAUGACAUACUCCCUCUGCCAGUCCUUUGUCAAUGCCCGCCACUUCAAGAAACCCAUUGAGAUAUGGGGAAAUUUUGUUCCUGGAAUGAUUUUCUUUCAGUCCAUCUUUGGAUACCUUGUCUUUACCAUCAUUUACAAGUGGUCUGUUGACUGGAAUGGCCUCGGUCUGCCAGCUCCUGGACUUUUGAACAUGCUUAUCUUUAUGUUCCUACAGCCCGGCCGUGUUGAUGAUGAGCUCUACCCUGGCCAGGCUACUGUUCAAAAGAUUCUACUCUUUGUAGCUCUUAUCCAAGUCCCAAUACUCCUCCUUCUCAAGCCUCUUUAUCUCCGCUGGGAACACAACCGUGCCCGUGCCCUUGGUUAUAGGGGCUUAAAUGAAGCUGCUCACACUAGUGCUGUAGAUGAUGACGAUGAACAUCAAAACCUGAUCUCUGGCCAGCGCGACAGCAUGGGUGAUGGAGAAGAAGGCAUCGGAAUGGUGACUGAAGAUAUUGGUGAAGGUGAAGAGCAUCAUGAGUUCGAAUUUUCAGAAGAGAUGAUUCAUCAAGUCAUUCAUACUAUUGAAUUCUGUCUUAACUGUGUAUCUCACACUGCCUCCUACCUCCGUCUCUGGGCUCUUUCUCUUGCCCAUCAACAGCUUUCCUCCGUCCUUUGGACCAUGACUCUCAGCAACGCUUUCCUCCAAACCUCGCCAACCCUCCGAGUGAUCAUGACUGUGAUUACGUUCUAUCUCUGGUUCGUGCUUACCAUCUCCAUUCUCUGUGUGAUGGAAGGAACCAGUGCUAUGCUUCACUCUCUCCGUCUCCACUGGGUCGAAGCAAUGAGCAAACAUUUCAUUGGUGACGGUAUACCAUUCACACCUUUCAGCUUCGAAGCUAUUCUGCAAGAGGAUCCGGUAGACUAA